GUCAACACAUCAGUGGUCAUAUAUAUAUAAGAUAGUCCGAGGUGCCUGACCUGCUAAACAGCGUUACACACUUCCUACUGAGGAGAGACAGUCCAGUAUAGUCAGCAUGAACAAACUGGUGAUUGUCAGCAUACUUAUCGCACUCCUCGCCUUGGGUGCGGAGAGCUUCCGUGUGAAAAGAGAGACUAAGGACGAGGAGGAAAAGGGACCAGUUACCGCUCUGAUAGACAAACUGAGGAACUAUUAUGAUUACAGCUUGGGUGUUGCUGGUUCAUACGUAGACACCAUCAAGGAUCUCAAACUGGAUGAGAAAGCCAAGAACCUGUAUGAGGAGACAACAGGAGCUGCCCGCACAUAUGCAGGCAUAUUCCAGGAUCAGCUGUACCACAUGAUCUACUCUUCAGAGAGCGCUUAAACUCUUUAUAACUCUCUUAUAACUCCUUUUUCAUGAACUCUGGUCCUCAGUCACUCAAAGCUGAAGCUCCUUACCACAACCCUGAAGCAGCUACAAGGAGCACAACACCAAUAACUUCCUGUGGCACAAAGCAAAGCUGUGUUCCCUCCUGAAGGUCAUCACGCCACAUCAUGUGCAUACAGCACCGUAGCAAUGGUCACAGCAAGGGCUUAAAAUGCUGUAAACACUAAGCCUACUACAUAUGACUACAACAUUGGUGAUUUAUUCCGUGUGUGUUAGUAGCUCUCAAGUGCACUUUUGUAUCAAUUGAUCCAGGACCUGUAAUAACUUCUUGUCCUAUGAACAUUUACUGAUGUCAAACAAUGCAAUGUAAUAAAUAAUGAAAAUAAACCCAAACAUUUGUAGAAAGUACAGCAGAAGAGUCAGAAUUAUCACUGAACAUGUUUUACAUGAUAUUAUAUAAUGCUAUAAAAGUAUGAUGUAAACGUAUGUAAAGGAUAUGAGCAUAUGGUGAGUAUAUCAGAAUAUGUUGGCAAACAUAGAGAAUAUGUUAACAAAAAGGUCCAAGACACCCAAAAUAACAUAUCACUGCAUGACUUAAAGGUUCCUAAACAAUAAAAGACUUAUUAUUAUUAUUA